ACUCAGUAACAACAACUGGAGCCUUGUUUCAAAAGGGCGAUCGUGAUCGUCUUGGAGAUGCCAGCCACCAUCCUCACGCCAUCCUCCUUCCCCCUGUCUUUGAGAUCUUCCCAUUGCAUCUUCUCAUUGUCAAUAACGCAAAGCGCUUUCGUGGAGGUUGUCAACAUUGAGACAAAGAGACAAAGUCGAGGCUGCACGGCGAAUGACCCCUGUCACUAGUAAAAACACCGAAACACGAUAGCAAUGGCAAUGCAAUACGUCCCCUUUGCUUCGGAUAUCGAAAUCCCCUUCUAUGCAUCUCUCGCGUCUCACAAGAUCAACCAUGACAAGCUUGACGAUUCUGCCCGCAAAUUGUUGGGCUUGUAUGAAGUCCGUCCGGCCGACGCGAAAGAGCAUUCUUGCCGGAUCCAGGUCCAUUCCAAUGCGCUCACCAACGACGACGUCCUAGCAGGCUAUUAUCGCGCCGAGGGCAUGAUCAAAAACGUCAACACAAUCGAAGAGUACCGCAACCUCGACAAACUCGAGAUGAUUCAGCAAGCCGGCAGGACCAUUUGGGACGCCAUUAACGAUGGCACCAUAUAUUCCUGUCCUUCACUCCUGGCAUCCUUUCUAGUCCUAUCAUUUGCCGAUCUCAAGAAGUACAAGUUCUACUACUGGUUCGCAUUCCCCGCUCUGGUCAUGGAUCCGCCAUGGACACCUGUGCAGCAUCAAGGCUCGCUACCGAGAUCCGAUACCAGUCUGCCGCAUUCCAGGCUUAACCCGCUGGAAAGCACCACACUCGUCGACGCCGUAAUGACAUGGAGAUAUGGCGUUGAUUCGCGGCAGUUCGGCUUCUUUCUGGCCAAGAAAGUACACGGCGAGUCGACUUCAAACCCAAUAGAUGAAGACUUCGGCCCUACGACGCCGAUGUCGCCGCCCACACCGACGACAAGCCUAGGAUACACAUGGCAGAUUACCUCAUUGUCAAGCUUUGAGUCAGGCUUCUUCGACGGCAUCAACCGAGAAGAUCAAUUUGUCUGUUUUGCGGACCCGUCGAAUUACGCAGAUCCCGGACCCGUUGCGCCAGGCUGGAUGCUGCGCAAUCUUCUUGUUCUGGCUAGACAAAAGUGGAAGGUCGAUCGCGUGCAGAUCCUAUGUUAUCGCGAGACGCCCUCGAGAAGAGAUGCGGCCCGAAGUGUGGUUUUCACUAUGGAAGUCUCGAAAGAGCGGAAAUCGCAGCAACCAGAGGGCGGCAUGCCCAAGGUGGUAGGCUGGGAGCGCAACGCCUCCAACAAGCUCGCGGGCCGCAUGGCCGAUUUGACCGAGUACAUGGACCCGAAGAAACUGGCCGACUCUUCAGUCGACUUGAACCUCAAGCUCAUGAAGUGGCGGAUUAGUCCGAACCUGAACCUCGAAAAGAUCAAGAACACAAAGUGCUUGCUUCUGGGUGCGGGCACACUGGGCAGCUACGUGUCACGGAACCUGCUGGGCUGGGGCGUGCGGCAUAUCACAUUCGUCGAUAACGGGUCAGUUUCGUUUUCGAAUCCCGUACGACAACCACUGUUCAACUUUGAAGACUGUCUGGAAGGUGGCAAGAAGAAAGCUCUAUGUGCUGCUGAGGCAUUGAAGAAGAUAUACCCGGGAGUUGAGACGGAGGGGCAUGUCUUGUCGGUCCCGAUGGCAGGACAUCCCAUCACAGAUCUGGAAAAGACGAAAGCGGAUUACGAGAAAUUGAAACAACUCGUUGACGAGCAUGAUGUUAUAUUCCUGCUUAUGGAUACGAGAGAGUCGAGGUGGCUACCCACUGUUAUGGGCAAGUGUUCGGACAAGAUCGUGAUGAACGCGGCGUUGGGCUUUGAUACGUACGUUGUCAUGAGACAUGGUGUCAGACUGGAGGGUGCCCAAGACCGAGAGCUAGGGUGCUAUUUCUGCAACGACGUUGUCGCACCAGCGGACUCGAUGAAAGAUCAGACGCUCGACCAACAAUGCACGGUGACGAGGCCUGGUAUUGCGGCCAUUGCAUCGGCGCUGCUCGUCGAAAUCCUCAUUUCCGUGCUGCAACAUCCGGAGGGCGGCGCCGCACCUGCUUCACUGUCUCCGUCGGAAGACCGCGGUGAGCAUCCACUCGGACUCGUUCCGCACCAGAUCCGUGGGUUUCUGCACAAUUUCACCAACAUGAACGUUGCGGGCAAAGCGUAUGAUUGCUGUAGUGCAUGCUCCGAAAAGGUGAUGGACGCGUAUAAGUCGGAAGGGUGGGAGUUCGUGCAGAAAGCGUUGAACGAGCGGGACUAUGUCGAGGAGUUGAGUGGGUUGAAGGAGGUGCAGAGAAUCGCUGAGGCUGCUGCCGCGGAUAUCGAGUUCAGUGAAGAAGACGAUGUCGAGGACGAGGAGGGCGAGUUGAUUUGAUCGGCGCCUUUGCAAGGUGGCAGCAGCCUGCCACUUGUACUUUUCUCUCCGGCUAGCGUGUCGUGCACUUUCAUGCCCUUCAUAGUACUUCAGUUGUACGGAGAUGGACCAGUUGGACUUCCAUCAGCCAUCGGCAAAAACAGCAUUCUUAUCAACCUUGGCCAGUCUCUUGAUGCCCACGAAGUACGCCUCCUUGGACUCGCUUCUCGAGCUGUCGGGCUUUUCGCGAUGCACUUUGUGAAACAUAGCCUUAAGACUCUUUUCGAGCGCCUUGUCCUCGACGCCCUGGUAGAACUUGCACA